UGGUGUACCACUCUACGUCGUGCUUCAUGGUACUGCGUGCUUAAAUUUCAAUCCGUCAAAUUCAUAACGAACUUCAGAGAGUUGAGGUUUUAUGUCUAACGAACCCCGGAGUACAAGAGGUUUCAGUUAUAAUGUCAAAGACGCACAGUCCAACGCAUUUUAAUGGAGAAAUAGACAACUUUUAUGACUCUGUGGAUAUCAACACACGAAUGCAAGUUCCCAAGAGCAUUCGUGUAAACGGAGAUUAUCCUAACGAGGACAUUGCUGUUACGAAUAGAGCCACGUGGAGUCAAAUAUCUGGUAUGGAGAAACUUGAAAUGCAUGUGCCAGAAAGAAUUCUUGUUGUUGGACAAGAGCAACAUGUUGGCACCAAGGCACCACCACCAGAGAUUGUUUUAGAGAAUGCUGUAAUGCGCACUGAGCCCGCUAUAGUCAGAGUACAGACACCUCCGAGAAUUUUGACUUUGGACAAUCACUAUUUCCCAGCAGUGGAUGAAGAUGAUCCUCCUGAACGUGACAAUGAAGUUGUAAAACCAAUGGAUAUAGUUCCUAAAACAUAUAAUGCAGAAACGCAGAUAACAAGACAUACAAGAGAACAAACACCCUUUAAUGCUCUCGACGUGUCUUUGCCACCUAGUGAGGAAGUUCAGCACUUACGUCGUCAAGUAGGUAAAUUAAACCGCAGAGUGAUGGCACUCGAAUUAGAUAUGCUACAUCGUCAGCAGAGGGACAAGCUUCUGUAUAUCGCGACCAUAGCGUACUUUAUUUUAAAAGCUUUCUCCUGGAUAACUAGAAACUAAAAGAAAUUUAUCGAAAAAGGAACAAGAGAGAUGAAAGAAAUGGAAUAUUUAUUUCUUUAUAACAAAAAAUGUUUUAAACUAGCAUCUUGAGCUAUUCUUGCUGUAAGAAAGUAUAACCAAAGACUUUAUCACAGUCUCGUAUGAUCAAUCACCAGAGAUUAAGUGUUAUAUGGAUAUGAUUACAUACCUUCGAGAGCGUUUCUGUCGUACAAUCGGAAAAAGACAGAUGACAAGUGUAACCAUCCAUCAUCUUACCAUAUUAAAUCUUGCUUAACUUUAAAAGACAUGUAUGUAUUCUUAGAUUUGACAAUAUCUAUAUGUUAUUAUUAAUUUGUGUAUAUAUAUGUAUAUAUAUAUAUAUAUACACACACACAACAUUUGGGGAAUGAAUAAACUGGGUUUAAUUUUCAUGAAUAUAUCAAAUAAUAAUCGCACAUAUUAAAUUUGUCGAACUGAGUAUUUCAAUUUUCUUUCUCAGUAUUAUAACGACUGUCUUAGAAACGAUUCAUUUUUUUGUGCGAUAUUAUGAAAACUAUAUACAUUAAGUAGUAUUAUUUGUUUCUUACUGAUUGUUUUCUCCUUGUGGCCAUAGCAGUUAGAAUUGUAAUCUUGUCUCAAUCAUAUAAUGUGACUAAUGAGAUCAAUAAAGUUAUUAUUAUCAAAA